CCGCUAGCUUGGGGGUUAAAGCACAAACCGCUCAUAGCAUGUUUGCUAAGGAUGACAGUUAAUCGAGCCACUUCAAAAGUUGACUUUUCUCUGCGCUUUUCUUUCUAGCUUUACUAGAAUGCAGUCUUCGAGGAACAACAAUCCUUUGCGAGUGUUCUUUUAAAGAGUUCUGCCACAUUCGUACAGCAGAAGUGAGUCAGGAUUUAUUUCUUUAUUUCUUUCACUUCUUAGCGUGGACUCUGGAAAAGCUCGUCUGCUCUUCUCCCUGAGCUGGUGCUGUUGGGGGGAUGGAUCCUCUGGGCGCUCGCUCCCGUUUCGUGGACAUCCAGACUCUUCCCACGUGGCCGCAGCAGCUGGGCGGCGAAGGCGGGGAGACGCGGCAGGACCGCAGCGACAGCCUGCUCAGCCAGCAGGCCUUCCCUUCACCCUUCCCCGUCAGAGCAGAAAUCAACCGGAAGAUCAUCCUCUUCGUUGGGGAUGUUGCUCAGCUCAACUGCACCGCCAUCGUGAACACCAGCAACGAGUCUCUGAACGACAAGAACCCCGUUUCUGACAGCAUCCAUCAGCUGGCAGGAGGCGAGCUGCGGGAGGAGCUCCACAAACUCAAAGGAUGUCGAACGGGUGAAGCAAAACUGACCAAAGGCUUCAACCUGGCGGCGAGGUUCAUCAUCCACACGGUGGGACCCAAGUACAAGUCCAAGUACCGGACAGCAGCAGAGAGCUCGCUGUACAGCUGCUACAGGAACAUCAUGCAGCUGGCCGUAGAGCAAGCCAUGAUGUCUGUUGGCUUCUGCGUGGUGACCACCGCCAAGAGAGGCUAUCCGCUGGAGGACGCCACACACAUCGCCUUCAGAACAGUGCGCAGGUUCCUGGAGAAUCACGGAAAUGGCAUUGAGGCCGUGGUGUUUGCUGUAACAGAGACGGAAGAGUCUGUGUACAGGAAGUUGCUUCCUCUGUACUUCCCUCGCUCUGAAGAAGAGGAGAGAGCUUGCUUGCCGCUCCUCCCAGCUGACAUUGGUAACUCUGAGGGUGAACCCAUCGUCCCGGAACGACAGAUCCGCAUCGCAGAGAAGCCAGGAAUCCUGGAAGAUGACAGUGAAGACGACGGCACAGAGCUGGAUCUGGCUCAGGUGGGAAAUCACGCCUUUGCCCGGAUGGAGGGGGACGUGGACAAGCAGAGGAAGCAGAUCCUACAGGGUCACAUGUCAGAGGCCGCCGUGCAGAAGCAGCAUCAGAGAAACUACAGUCGCUGGCUGAACCGAGCGAGGGCUGAAGAUCUGUCAGACAUUGCUGCUCUGAAGGCCUUAUAUCAGACCGGUGUGGACAAAUGUGGACGGACGGUGGUGGUGGUGGUGGGGAGAAACAUCCCCGUGACCCUCAUUGACCUGGAAAAGGCCCUGCUGUACUUCAUCCACGUGUUGGACCACAUCGCAGUGAAGGACUAUGUGAUGGUUUACUUCCACACGCUGACCGGAGAACAUAACCAUCUGGACACGGACUUCCUGAAGAGCCUCUAUGACAUCGUCGACAUCAAGUUUAAAAGGAAUUUAAAGGCGUUCUACUUUGUGCAUCCAACGUUUCGCUCAAAGGUCUCGGCGUGGUUCUUCACCACCUUCAGCGUGUCUGGCUUGAAGGAGAAGCUGCAUUAUGUGGACAACCUGCACGAGCUCUUCAGCUGCAUCAAACCCGAGCAGAUCGACAUCCCCCCCUUUGUUCUGGAGUACGAUGCACGAGUGAACGGACCGUACCAUCACUCCCAGGCCUCGGGUCUGUGACAGGCCGCCAUUCUGUGGGUCUGACCUGGAAACCCUGGCGGACGCCACGCCGCUCGUUUGGGCCGGACUUCUCUGGGCUCCUGAACCAGAGCUGGAACCAAAGCUUUGACCUUUUCCUGCUGAAAUGGGUCAAAGAGCGAGCGACCCGGAGCGGCUGGAUGACGGCGUACACACAUGAACUUUCUGCGUAUGAAGAGGGUCACUCGUCUUUGAGCAGUGGAGGUGGGGGGUAUCGGGGUGAUUCAGAAGCUCUUUAUGAGGAUUCUUCAGGAGACUGAUUUUGAAAUAAACCCGUCUCUGCUCCUCGGAU